AUGCAGGAAAGUUACAUAGUACCACCUGAGCCUGGUGUGAAGCCCAUGAGCCAAGAUAAGUUACCAAAGCCCAUUGUGUUCCAUGAUGGCCGACUUGUUCAAAAACCAAGCCCUUUAAUGGCACUCAUCAUUAUUCUUUGGAUCCCUGUUGGAUUCCUCUUAGCAUGUUUGCGUAUAGCCGCGGGUACGCUCUUACCGAUGCCUUUAGUCUAUUACGCCUUUUGGUCCCUUGGGGUUCGAGUCAUAAUCAAAGGCAACCCACCUCCUCCGGCCCGAAAAUCCACGGGCCAAACCGGUGUCCUAUUUAUUUCCUCUCAUCGAACCCUUCUUGACCCAAUUUUCCUCUCAACGGCCCUAGGUAGGCCCAUCCCUGCUGUCACUUACUCGCUGUCACGACUCUCUGAGAUUAUUUCACCUAUUAAAACGGUCCGUCUUAGCCGUGACCGCAUAACGGAUGCUAACAUGAUCAAAAAACUUUUACAAGAAGGUGAUUUGGUUAUAUGCCCUGAAGGAACAACAUGUAGAGAACCAUUUUUACUAAGAUUUUCGGCUUUAUUCGCGGAAUUAACCAACGAGCUUGUCCCCGUGGCGAUGUGUAAUAAAAUGAGCAUGUUCCAUGGCACGACGGCUAGGGGUUGGAAAGGAAUGGACCCUUUUUAUUUCUUCAUGAAUCCUAGCCCUUCAUAUGAGGUGAAUUUUUUGAACAAAUGGCCAUAUGAAUUGACUUGUAAAGCUGGAAAAUCAAGCCAUGAUGUGGCAAAUUAUAUACAGAGGACGAUUGCCGCAACGUUAUCGUAUGAGUGCACCAAUUUUACAAGGAAGGAUAAGUACAUGGCUUUGGCUGGAAAUGAUGGAACAGUGACUACAAAAUCUGAAUUUGCAAGCAAGAAAGUGACGACGGGCUGCUAA